UCGAGGUUAGAAACGAUUGUGUAAUGUCAAAUAAUAAACAGGAAUUUCUAUCUAAUAACGCUAAGGGAAUUAAUUUCACAAUAUUUUCUAAUUAAAAGACUCAAAAAACGAAAACAAAUAAUUAGUGGCACAUAAACUAUGGCUAAGUAUUUGGCACAGAUAAUUAUGCUUGGAGGGCAGGCUAUCGGUCGUGCUUUUGCAAAGGCGUUAAAGCAAGAGAUCGCUGCUUCACAGGAGGCGGCACGACGCGGUGGUGGUGGUCAACAAGGCGAGAAACGUGCUGAAGCAAAUGCGCGGACCGGCAUGACACUGGAAGAGGCGAAACAAAUAUUAAACGUGGAUGAUUUGAAAGAUCUGGAAAAGAUUGUCAAAAACUAUGAACACUUAUUUGCUGUGAAUGACAAAGCGAAAGGCGGUUCCUUCUAUCUGCAAUCGAAAGUGUUUCGCGCUAAGGAGCGUAUAGAUACGGAAUUGAAACAACAAAUGGAUGCGGCGCGAGCGAAGAAAGACGCAACGUGAUGAGGUGCAGUGGCAUUGCCAGUAAAACAGUUUCUAUAAAUAGGUUUAUUUUUCUAGAAGUAAUUUAACAUAAGUCGAAAAAACAAACGUUCGAAAUAACGACACAAAAAGGAAGUCAUCUGUACAAAUAAAAACAAAACAAGGACAUAGGACGACGCGAAAGGCAAACAAUGAUCGAUAUGAUGUGCUCACUGUUUUUGUAUAAAAAAUUCUCGAUGAAAUUGUAAAUAUAUUAAUGCUGUCGUCCGAAUGCUGCUCAUGUAAUUCCCUUAGUUGUAUUUACUUGUUACAAAGUUCCUCUAUUUAGAUGAAAGCCUUGUUUUGCACCUAUAAUUUUUAUUUUAGAUCUGUUAGGAAUUUACGCUUAAUGUAGUUGUUAAACGAAUAAAAAAUGGAUUGCUGAGAAAAAUCAUAUUACUACUACAAAUUAA